CGUAUACACGCAACGAGUAUGGCAAACCCACAGCUUUGAGUCUGACACACAACUAGACCUUCUUUUGUCUCGAUAUCUUGGUGCGGGAAUCAGCACAACUGUUGGCACAUAAACAAGGACAAGACGCUAAGUAUCACAGCAUGUGUUAACUCAGGUUGUGCAGAAUUAUUCUUAUCUUUGGCUCCGAAGUACCAACAAUGAUGACAUCAAUUAUUUUCAUGUUCCUUAUUCUGCUGUACGGAUAUGUUGCUGCACUAUCAGAACGUGAACUGGUUGCCACGCUGAUGACUGGUUAUAACAAGGAAGCCCGACCUGUACGGGACCCUUCAAAACCGGUCACGGUCUCUUUGGAUGUAACCCUGGCACAGAUAAUCAGCGUGAAUGUUAAAGAGCAGACCAUGACCACUAACUUGUGGAUUCGACGACGUUGGAGGGAUGAAUUUCUAACAUGGAACAUCUCAAAAUAUGACAAUAUCAAAACCGUCAACUUUAAGAGUGAACUUAUAUGGCGUCCCGAUAUUGUUCUCUACAACAGGGUUCAUGAAGAGGGCUGGUCAGAAACUCCCGACACCAAUGUCCGUGUCAGCAGUACCGGUGACGUCACCUGGGGAGCCCCGGUCACCAUCAUCAGUUCCUGUGUUAUGGACAUCGCACGCUUCCCUUACGACAUCCAAAGGUGCCCCAUGAAGUUCGGCUCCUGGACAUACAACGGUCUGCACCUGAACCUAGUCAACUUUACCAACAAGGGUGACACCGUAAACUUCAUUAGGAAUGGGGAAUGGACGUUAGAGUCCUUUGGGUUACAAAGAAACGAAGUUGUUUACUCGAGCGAUCUGAGUGUGACGUAUCCUGACGUCACCUUCACGGUGGUUAUUCGGAGACGAAGUCUCUACUACACUUACUACUUCAUCACUCCGGGUGUGAUCAUGUGCUUCUUGUCUCUCUUGGGGUUUUUCCUGCCACCGGAUUCUGGGGAGAAACUGUCACUCAACAUUACCCUGCUGUUAGCCUUGGUGGUGUUCAUGCAAGUUGUGACGGACAGGCUGCCGCCAUUGUCAACAAGCAUCCCUGCCAUAGGAACUUUCUAUGGAGUGAUCAUCCUACUGGUGACAUUCUCGUCUGCUUUGACCAUCUUCACCUUGACCUUGCACUUCCGAGGCCCUUACAUCCGACCAGUUCCAGACUGGCUCCGAUCCAUGUUCUUUCUCGGCCCUCCAAAAGCGAGAGUAACCGUCAUCACCAAUAACAAAUACGUGAAACAUAGUCCACAAUCUGGGGAGUCGGAAGAAACGGAGUCUGCCCAGCGCAGAGGCGACCUCCUGAGUCCCGCUUUGGGUAGAAUUGAGAAAGUCAUGAACCACCUUUUGGACGACGAAAAGAAGAUGAAAUACAAACGAGGUUUGGAAAAGGAGUGGAAGAUUCUAGCUAUGAAGAUUGACCGAUGUCUAUUUGUUGUCUUCGUGUUGGCAUUGAUCAUUGCAACAGGGGUGGUACUAGGGACAGCCUAAAUACUGGUACGAACUGGCCUAUUACCGGCAGCUACUGCAAGCGGUCAUUAUAUCUCUAAUAACAGCUGCAAACUUGAGGUUACCAAAGCCAUGGUCCAGCGAAAACAAUUAAAAUUUAUGAGUGUGUAACGUAGCAAACGGCCUACACAUUCAUUGAACGUAGCUCAAUUUCUGCGUUAUUCUAUGUUAUUCAUAACGUUGACAUGAUUGCUAAUGGUAUUGCUUCUCUACAAAAUACAUAUAGUGUGGUGAUGGAAAACAAACUUUAUCAAUUCAAGGGGUAUACUAUAAGCGCAGUUAUCUUUAAGCAUGUAAUAGUAUCUAUCAAAUCUGAGCAUUUAAGCGUUACUUUUAAAAUGUUGUAUAAAAGUUAUUGUGAGUUUGUAUGUAAUUAAAUAUUAGGCACCAGUAACAAAAUUAUACCACAUGUACACACCUCUGUGCAUGCAUCUUUUGCUCAGAGACCGCAUUGACCCGGAUGUUUAUCUGAAAGGGACAUAUUAGCAUCCGGUUCUUCCACCAAUGCCUUCAUUAUACGUGACUACCUCGGGGCAUUACUCAUCUGUUUCGUAAGGGGCGAAUUUUGUUUAGUAAUAGUGACCUAUUUAGAAGUAUGUGUCUGAUGCUAUCGCGCAAAAUGCACAUAGUUUGAACAACAAUAUUUGUUAUUCAAAGGUUUUCGUUAAAUGUGCGACUCCUGUGUCAACAUGUAUUGUUAAAUUUAAUACUCGCUAACCGAAAAAUUCAAGAAAUGUACAACUGUUAGGUGUGGUGUUUUUAUUCUAUUAGAUUGUGGUCCGUCUACAUUUAACCACCUGAUACCACAGUGAUUUUAUAUUAUGCCAAAUUGAUGAAAA